AUUGCAAAUCGUUUUCUCGCGCAAAGUAUAAAUACACCUGCCCACGCGCGGUGUGUUAAUUAUUUCUUACACAGGGACAGUUACUCCUGUCUGUGAGAGUAAUUUUUUUCCGUGUACUCGACUCUACGUAGUUCACUUUGGGUUCAUCUAAACUACUAGAAACAUGCGUGAGUGCAUCUCCAUCCACGUUGGUCAGGCUGGAGUCCAGAUUGGCAAUUCCUGCUGGGAGCUUUACUGCCUAGAACAUGGAAUCCAGCCGGACGGACAGAUGCCCACUGGUGAGACUCGUAAAGGAGGGGACAAUUCCUUCAACACCUUCUUCAGUGAGACUGGCGCUGGGAAGCACGUCCCCAGAGCUGUAUUUGUUGACCUGGAGCCCACUGUCAUUGGUGAGGUGCGCUCUGGACCUUAUCGCCAGUUAUUCCACCCUGAGCAGCUGAUCACAGGGAAGGAGGAUGCUGCCAACAAUUACGCCCGUGGACACUACACCAUUGGAAAAGAGCUCAUUGACUCAGUGCUGGACAGGAUCCGCAAACUGUCUGACCAGUGCACUGGUCUUCAGGGUUUCCUGGUUUUCCACAGCUUCGGAGGAGGCACCGGCUCUGGCUUCACCUCCCUGCUGAUGGAGCGUCUCUCCGUCGAAUAUGGCAAGAAGUCGAAGCUGCAGUUCUGCGUCUACCCAGCUCCCCAGGUGUCCACUGCUGUGGUGGAGCCCUACAACUCCAUCCUGACCACCCACACCACGCUGGAGCACUCAGACUGUGCCUUCAUGGUGGAUAAUGAGGCCAUCUACGAUAUCUGCCGCAGGAACCUGGACAUCGACCAUCCCAGCUACACCAACCUGAACAGGCUGAUCAGUCAGAUUGUGUCCUCCAUCACCGCUUCCCUCCGUUUUGACGGUGCCCUCAAUGUCGAUCUGACGGAGUUCCAAACCAAUCUGGUGCCAUAUCCUCGUAUCCACUUCCCUCUUGCCACCUACGCCCCCUUCAUCUCUGCUGAGAAGGCGUACCAUGAGCAACUCACAGUGGCCGACAUCACAAACGCCUGCUUCGAGCCGGCCAAUCAGAUGGUGAAAUGUGACCCUCGCCAUGGCAAGUACAUGGCCUGCUGCCUGCUGUACCGUGGCAAUGUGGUGCCCAAAGAUGUCAAUGCUGCCAUCGCCACCAUCAAGGCCAAGCGCUCCAUCCAGUUUGUGGACUGGUGCCCCACUGGUUUCAAGGUCGGCAUCAACUACCAGCCACCUACUGUGGUUCCUGGUGGAGAUCUGGCCAAGGUCCAGAGAGCUGUGUGCAUGCUGAGUAACACCACUGCGAUCGCCGAGGCCUGGGCUCGACUUGACCACAAGUUUGACCUGAUGUACGCCAAACGCGCCUUUGUUCACUGGUACGUGGGUGAAGGUAUGGAGGAGGGAGAGUUCUCUGAGGCCAGGGAGGACAUGGCAGCACUGGAGAAAGAUUAUGAGGAGGUGGGAACUGACAGUGUAGGGGAUGAGGAUGAAGAAGGGGAGGAAUAUUAAACGGAAAUGUUUCAUUACCCUACUGUUUGUACCCUAAAGUACUCUUUGACUGCACUUAUGUUUCCACUUCCGUUUCCGCUUUCAUUACAUAGGACCUGUAUCAAUUUUGUCUUCUGAUCUGUCCCUUGUGUUGAAAAAAUAAAGUUCACUGACUGCAGUUCCUCUCAAAUAUCAUCCAUACAAUAGAAAGAUUGUAUUGUCCUUGCUGAGCCACAUCUUUGCAGCCUGUGUUCACUGCUAAAUAACAUUGCAUCAGAUUAUUUUUCUAUUGUUGUUGUUGUUACUAAUUUAAACAGUCAGAUUUACAUUUCUAAACUAUUGUUGCACUCUGGUUUAGUAAUCAACUUUUUGUCUGACCCACAGAUGUAGGCCUUGCAGCCUUUGACCACAUUUAUGUGCUAAGAAUGGUUAAAAUGAAAUGGAUAAUAAGACUUAAAGUUGGCAGCAUUUAUCAAUUUUCUGAGAACAAAGGGUAAAGCUUGCAUAUGUAAUAAAUGCCCAAUUAUAGAUCAAG